AUGAUGAAAAACUUAAAUAGUAAUAAUAAUGACACUGAAAUUGAUGACAUCUCAGUAAACAUAAAUAACAGCAACGAUUUUGACAGAGUCUUAAAUGAAAUUAAGCUAAAAGAGCUUCAACUUGAAAAGCUCAAAACGAAAAAACACACGAAAAAUAAAGCAAAGUCCCAAAAUGGUAACAAUAUAGAAAAUAAUAAAGUAAGUGUAAACCAGAAAUCAGAGAAAAAUGCAAAAAAAAGCGACAGAAUUCUUAGCAAAGGUAAAGGAAGAGAAACUUUCCUGCCAAAUGAAACAAUCAAAAAAAAUGUAAAAGGAGUGACAAACUUAAUAAACGAAAAGAACGUUAAAAGUGCAAAACACGUACAGAAAAAUGUACAGAACAACGAUUUGUAUGAUACACCUGUUUUCCCCCAGAUAACCUCCUUAAUUUUAUACCAUGAAAAAGAAAAUAACUACUCUGAAUCUUCCAGUAGCAUUAAAAAUGUAAUAAAUGAAAAAGUAAAAAGACACAGUUCAAACCAUAAAAUUGAGAAGCAUACCAUAUAUGAUAUUUAUGCAAAAACGUUAAAAAAAUUGUCAAUUGAAGAUGAAAGUGACGUCUUAAAAGAAAGUGAUGAAGAAAAUUUUUAUUUCAGCAUGAACAAAAUUUCAGACAAGAGAAAAAAUAAUUUAAAUUUUUCAAACUCUAAUUUUUCAAAUAACACUUCAGAUAUAUCAUCAUUUAAUUUUAUUCCAACAUACCAAACUAAGAAUAGAAACGUGGAAAAAAGAAACAAAGGUCAAAAUGUAAAGGACUCAAGGUUGCGACAUAUGAAACGUUGCAGCGUGGAUUCACAACACCACAAACACAGCAAGGAGAAAAAAGAAUGCAAAAAAUCAGAUCAGUUUAAUUCGAAAGGUUCUGCUAAAAAUCAUACAAAUGAUGUAAAUCAUACAGAUGGUGUAAGCCACGCAAAUGAUGUAAACUAUACAAAUGAUGUAAACUACACAAACGAUGUAAACUAUACAAGUGAUAUGAAUACCACAAAUGGCAAAGAUUUUUACUAUGAUGAAGAAAUGCAUGACGUCUCGCACCUAAACAAGUGUCAUCAUAGUUAUAAAGGUGGUAGUGACCACUCGGGUGAAAAGAAAAACAUAAAGGGAACGGCAAAAAAUGAAAAUGAAGGGGAAAAAAUAGGAAGAGAAUCAGAUGCAUGUGUAAAUGAAAAGAAUGAGGAUGGAGGUAUUUACAAAAGUCAGGAAAGGUGCAAAUUAAAAGAUGUAGACAUAGAUGAACAAUCUUAUAUGUAUGAUGAAAAGCUUCCUACAGACUUCCUAAACGUAGAAGAAAAUAAAAAAUGCAACACAGAAGAAUCAAAAUCUUUGGAAAAAGAAUAUUUCAUACAAAAAGAAAAUAGAAAUUCUAAAAAGGAACAAAAAGUAUUUUUGCACAACGGUAAUAAUAAUAGCACUCAUAAUGAAUCACAAAAGGAAAGUGAUUAUUUAGGCAUGUCGAAUUCAUUGUACAUUGAAAGCUUACAUGAAGGCAAAGAAGAAAAAAUGAAAAAUAACCAAGUAAAAAAUGGAAAAUGUGACACAACCAAUAUUAAGAUUAAGGAUAAUGUCAUAAGUAGCCAUGACAAUAACAAUAAUGCAUAUGAUGGAAAGGGAUCAAUACAGACAUCAUUGCAGGGCAUUUCUCAAAUUAAUAUGUAUGAUUCAUUAAAUAACCAUUUACAUAAAAAACGAAAAUAUGCAAGUGGAAAACAAAAUGGAGAUUACGCAAAAUCAGACAUAACUACAACUGAUUCUGAAUUUUCUAUAGAUGAAAAGUUAAACAUGUCAUACGAGACUUUUAAAAAUAAAAACAGAAAUAAUGAAAUGUUACCUGUUGUACAAUCUACCAAAAGUAAAGAGAAUCUACUAAAAGUAGUAAAUAGUAAACCCAUUUUAAAUAUUAGGAAACUGUUAAGAAUAAUGCGAGAAUUUUAUGUUGGAUUUAUUGGUCUACAAUUAAUUUAUUUUAUAACAUAUCUUCUUUUUGGCAAUAAUAGCAUUUACUUAAUUCAAAUUGUUUCCAUAUCUUGUACUUUCUUUUCCCUAUUAGAUGCCAAUUAUCACGGUUAUUUACUAAAUGGCUUUAUUGACAUGUGUAUUGCAAUUUUUUUAAAUAUAGCCAUUUUACAAGACAUCGCUGGUUUUAAAAGCGUAAAAACUAAUGAUGUCCUAAAAAAUAUAACCGUGUCAAAUGUUGUUUUCCUCUAUUUCUUUUCUGUGUUCUCAUUUUUGAAUAGUUAUUUUAUACAUAAAUUGCACACCAUGGAAAGAAAAAAUAUAAAACAUGUAAUACGAAGCAUCGAAUCAAAGGCGGGAACGGUUGUUAAAAGCACCACGUUGGCUAUAUCACCAUCCAAAAGUGUUCAUUAA